AGUAGUAACAGUAGCAGUAACAGUAGUAGUAACAGUAGUGGCAGUAGCAGUAGUAAUAACAGUAGUGGCAGUAGUAGUAGUAGCAGUAGUAGUAGUAGUAGUAGUAGUAGUAGUAGUAGUAGUAACAGUAGUAGUAGCAGCAGUAAUAACAAAAGUGGCAGUAGUAGUAGUAGCAGUAGUAGUAGUAGUAGUAGUAGUAGUGGUAACAGUAGAAGUAGCAGUAGUAGUAGUAGCAGUAGUAGUAGUAGUAGUAGCAGUAGUAGUAGUAACAGUAGUAGUAGCAGCAGUAAUAACAGUAGCAGCAGCAGUAGUAGUAGUAGUAGUAGUAGUAGUAGUAGUAGUAGUAGUAGUAGUAACAGUAGUAGUAGCAGCAGUAAUAACAAAAGUGGCAGUAGUAGUAGUAGCAGUAGUAGUAGUAGUAGUAGUAGUGGUAACAGUAGAAGUAGCAGUAGUAGUAGUAGCAGUAGUAGUAGUAGUAACAGUAGUAGUAACAGCAGUAAUAACAGUAGUAGUAGUAGUAGUAGUAGUAGUAGUAGUAGUAGUAGUAGUAGUAGUAGUAGUAACAGUAGUAGUAGCAGCAGUAAUAACAGUAGCGGCAGUAGUAGUAGUAGCAGUAGUAGUAGUAGUAGUAGUAGUGGUAACAGUAGAAGUAGCAGUAGUAGUAGU